GUCUUUGCCCAGCUCGCCGCCUUCGUCACGUUCGCGGCGCACCUGCCGCAGUCGAUCGUGGCCUUCAUCGACAACACGGCGGGUCAGGCGGCUUUGUCCAAAGAAUAUGGCAAAGAUCCGGCGGUUCGCUGGACACGAGUCCACGGUCCACACGCCGAGAUCCUGCGCAUCUUUGACCCGGAGUUUGCCACCACUGCAGCGACCGACGAUCUCCUCAUGACGGCACAGAGCUUCCGAGCCGACGCAUUGUGGGGAGUUGGUGCGCGCGGCGGGUGCAGAAUGCGCCCGGCACCGGCUAGCCGCUCCAGCCUGUUUCGCCGCCGAACGGCGUGA